CGCAGUUGUUGGUUUCAGUAGGCCUAUGCCAAUAGAUUUUUCUAACAGAUCAUGUUAAACAACUUACCGACUCAAAUUUCUAAUAUGAAAUUACACUAUUCUACGCCGGGGUAUGAAUAACGCAGUUUACUGGCGCCCUAGUGUGGAUGCAAAUCCUGUCCGUGGUUGGUCACGCCCUUACACGAAAAAAUAUUAUUCGUCGAGUCGUCAGCAUUCGUAAAGCUACCGGAGAGAGCCGAAGAUUAAUGACAGCUACAAGCGGCGCGCUCUCCUGCUCUCCUCUACUGAGCGCGUGUGCAGUCGCAGUCGAUGGAGCAGUGCACAGCAGAGGGGUGUUGAGGUACAACUUUGGUUACAGUAGACAGGCAUUCAAACACACUUUGGGAGGCGCAAACUCCACUUUACAGACUAAAGGAUUAGGCCUUCCUCGUUUGGAGUUUGUAGGUGCUACGGUAGUGCGGUCAGCUGCUCCACUCCAACAGAGAGAGACAGCUUUACAGCUCUCUACAGCUGUGCCACAGGGCCCUGUCCUCCCUGCAGCCCUCCAGACCUCCCUCCAUCCCUCCCUCCAUCCCUCCCUCCAUCCCUCCCUCCAUCCCUCCCUCCAUCCCUCCCUGCUUCCCUCCCUCCAUCCAGCUGCCAACAUGAUGAAAGAAUGCCUGCAGUUCCUCAUAGAGCCGGCCAAGAAACUCAAGAUCCGGCUCAAGGAGUCUGGUAAACGAGUGAGGCAUGAGAAGAAGGAGCCCUUAGUGGAGAGUCAGCUGUUUAUCAUGGAGCUGGCCAGAGAACUCAACAAACUGUGCCAGAGGUCCAGUGUUCUGGCCCACAUCUGGACCAGUGAGGACAGCUGGCCCCCUGCAGUGUGUCGGGACUUCAUAGUCCAGUGGGCCUCCGUCCUGGAGAACAGAGUCCAGACCAGGGUCAUCCACACAGAGCUGCAGACUGAGAGACCAGAGAAGAGGGACUGGAGGGGCCACCUGCUGUGCAUGCUGGAGACCGGGGGGGAGUACGACAUGGGGCCCCACAAACGAGUCAUCAUGGACUGGACACGAGAGCUGAAGAGCAGGCCAGAGCCCAGUGUGUGGCCUGGGGAGCCCGUGCUGAUGAUGAUGGAUGAUCUGGAGUUCCAGUGGAGGCGGGGCCGUCUCCCCAACCUGCUCCCAGCCAUGGAGCUGGUCAUGUGGACCCUGCUGAACGCUCACUGUCCCGACAAGGAGGACGUGCCCAGACAGUGGCUGGUCAACAAGCAGAGGACUCAGAGCUGUGAUGCUGCCAGGUACAUCCCCCACAACGUUUGGAACUGGAUCGUUGAUGCUUCAGUGGAGGUGACCCUUGACCCCGACACGGCCCACCGCGACCUGGUGGUCUCCGAGGACAGGAAGCGGCUGCACUGCGGGCCGGACCCCCAGGACGUCCCUCGCUGCCCACGGCGUUUCAGCGGCUGGUGGUGCGCGCUGGCGGGGGAGGGCUUCACCGGCGGACGGCACUACUGGGAGGUGGAGGUGGGCGGGCGCGACUGGCGAGUAGGCGUGGCCAAGGCCUCGGCCCAGCGGAAGGGCUACCGCUCCCUGAACGCAGACACGGGCUUCCUGACCCUGCGGCUGGAGCGCGGCGUCGAUCUGAAGGCUCUGACGGUGCCCGCGACGCCUCUGCCGACCAGCCUGGCGCCCCGGAAGGUGGGGGUGUUCCUGGACUACGACGAGGGCCAGCUGUCCUUCUACGACGUGGAGAGGCGCUCGCACCUCUACACCUACAGCCAGACAUUCACGGAGGAGCUGUUCCCCGUGUUCGGGACCGUGGAGGUGGUCAGGGAGCUGGUGGUGCGCCCGGCUGGGGCCAGGGAGCCGUGUCUCUGUCCUGGGCCCUGUCUGUGGAACUGAGGCCUGGUGGAUCUGCUCUGGGAAAGGCCUGGGCGUUCCUUGUCUGUGUUCUACUCUGGUUGUUCUACUCUGUGUCUGUGGUCUACUCGAAAGGUUCUACUCUUUCUCUGUGUUCUACUCUGGGGGGUUCUCCUAUGUCUAUGUGUUCUACUCUGGUUCUAUUCUAUGUGUUCAUGAUCUCCAGUCCUUGGUCCAGGUGCCUGGGGGCAGGACACAGAUCAAGCCCCAGAUCUGUUUGAAGACUGUUGUAAAUAUUGUUUGUCCGUACUGGGCUUGAAAGACGUCAUGUUUAUCUUGUGGGGUCCUGUGUGGAACCACGGUCCUCCUGAUCCCUCCUGGCCCCUCCAGCCCCUCAUACCAGCUCCACCCAUCUGGGAAGUGCAUUACUGUUUCUAUUGGUUCAGACAAAUGUAGAGAGUGUAGAUACAAAUACAAAUAAAGGGAGUUUAACGUGCAGUGAUCCAACUUUCAGGACUCUGUCAUGCAGCGCAAGGUCAACGGAGCGUGGAGUGUUUGAGAGGGCGCUGACGGCUAAAACUGACAUGCCUACGUGACAGCUCUCCCGAAACGGACAGCUAACCCAAAGCUCGCUCAGAACCCCAUUUGUAGUUUAGCUGUGCGGUCUAGCGAGAGCUUGGACACGUGUUCUCCAGUCACACUGACAGACGCGUCGGCCACAGAUAGAGCAGCAUGCUUCCUGGAGAUUGAACUCUCUGUCUCUCUUUAGCCUCUGUAUCAAGCCUGCAGCUGUCCAAAGCUUUCUGCUAAUGUGCUCUAGCAUUGUUUAAAAAGGUCCUCUUAGUAUUGACACUGUAUACAACGAUGUAAAGAUACCAAUGCUUUUUCAGUCGUCAAUAAAUCACCAAACUGGAACCUUUUUUGACUUGUU